AUGACUCACCAGCCCGUCACACACCUAUACAGGUCUCUUCUGAGGGAACUUCGCUUCUCGUCCAAGCAACCUACAAUAAAGCGUAGCCCUAUCGUCGUCUCCCAAGUUCGCCAGCUGGUCUCGAGUAUACAGUCAGAGGAUCAACUGUCCAGGACACUGAUGGAGACGAGGGACUUCUUGAGGUCAUCUAGGAUAUAUGGGGACCUUCUGAAGAGAUACAACCCACUGCACGACAUGUCAGACGACGAGCGGAUCAGGGCUACUGCCAGACGGGUCGGGCUGGAUGCGCCAACGGAGUACAAGCCGCCAGAUCAAUAG